CGUCAGUCGUCAGUUUUUCUUCAGUGGCUUCGCGCGUCCGCAAUUUUCAGUGUGUGGUGCGUUGUUGCUGCUGCCUACUCUUUUUCUUUCUGCUCUCCACGGGCAGCGGGAAAGGAAAAUAUACAUACACAUGCAUACAGGGCCCCAUCACAAUCACAUACAGUAAAAAUAAAUUCAACUUUAUUGCUUUUCCCCCCGUCGCGUUAUCGUGCGUGUGUGUGUGUGUGUCUCUGUAUUAUAUACAUAUAUAUAUUUUAUUAUAUAUGUAUGGCUUGGAAAAGCAACACCAAAAUUUGAUAUGUGCAAAGUUUAUUGACGACUACGUGCUGCCUGUGAUUCUAUUUCGCAUAACUGCUGACACACAAAACAAAAGAACAUAAAGAAGAACCGAAGGCGAAAGCAGUUUUAUUUUGUUUAGCCACCCCACCCACACUUUUGUUGUACCCCUAAGUUUGGCCCAUUGUUAAUCAGCAAACGAGUGGCGAAAAAAACGCAAAUCAGGGAGAGAGCUCAACGUUCGGCCCCAAGGAAGUGGGCCCAAAUCCCCCAGGGAUCCCAUUCCGAAGGAAACCCAUCCAACACCAUCCCCCCAAAUAUCAUCCAGGACCCAAGAAACCAAAAUGGAUGACGAUCAGCAGUUUUGUUUGCGGUGGAACAACCACCAGAGCACACUGAUCAGCGUGUUCGACACGUUGCUGGAGAACGAGACUCUAGUCGAUUGCACGCUAGCCGCCGAGGGCAAAUUUCUCAAGGCCCACAAGGUGGUGCUGUCAGCAUGCAGUCCCUACUUUGCUACCUUACUACAAGAACAGUACGACAAGCAUCCCAUUUUCAUACUCAAGGAUGUCAAGUACCAAGAGCUGCGCGCCAUGAUGGACUACAUGUAUCGCGGCGAGGUCAACAUUUCGCAGGAUCAGCUGGCCGCCCUGCUCAAGGCCGCCGAGUCGCUGCAAAUCAAGGGUCUGUCGGACAAUCGCACUGGCGGCGGAGCAGCCCCCAAGCCAGAGUCCUCCGGACAGCAGCAGCAUCAUCGCGGCGGCAAGCUGAGCGGUGCCUACACACUGGAGCAGACGAAGCGGGCCCGCCUGGCCACCGGCGGUGCGAUGGACACGUCCGGCGAUGUGUCCGGUUCGCGUGAGGGCUCCUCGAGUCCGUCGCGUCGGCGUCGAAAAGUCAGACGUCGCAGCAUGGAGAAUGAUGCCCACGACAACUCCAACUCGUCCGUGUUACAAGCCGCCGCCUCGAAUCAGUCAAUCCUCCAGCAAACAGGCGCCGGUCUGGCCGUCUCCGCUUUGGUCAGCACCCAGUUGGCCAGCGGACCGGCAGCCGGAACCAGCAGCAGCCAAGCGUCGUCGACCCAGCAACAACAGCAGCCAUUGACCAGCACCAACGUUACCAAAAAGACUGAAAGCGCUAAACUAACAUCCUCGACAGCCGCCCCAGCGAGCGGAGCAUCUGCGUCAGCGGCCGCCGUACAACAGGCUCAUCUGCAGCAGCAGCACCAGCAGGCGCAGACCACAAGCGAUGCCAUCAACACCGAGAAUGUACAAGCCCAGAGCCAAGGUGGCGCCCAAGGCGUCCAGGGCGAUGACGAGGACAUGGACGAGGGUAGUGCCAUUGGCGGAGCAAGCGCCGCCAGUGGACCCAAUCCCGCCUCCGCCUCUGCAUCUGCCGUCCAUGCCGGCGUUGUGGUCAAGCAGCUGGCCAGCGUUGUGGACAAAUCGUCGUCGAAUCACAAGCAGAAGAUCAAAGACAACAGCGUGUCAUCGGUGGGCUCCGAGAUGGUUAUUGAACCCAAGGCCGAAUACGAUGACGAUGCGCACGAUGAGAACGUUGAGGAUUUGACACUGGACGAGGAGGACAUGACAAUGGAGGAGCUGGACCAGACGGCCGGCACCAGCCAGGGUGGCGAAGGAUCUAGUCAAACAUAUGCAACAUGGCAGCACGACAGAUCUCAGGAUGAACUUGGUAUAUUGGGACAGGAUGCACAGCAACGGGAUCCUCAAGAUUAUGGCCGAUUGUCGCCCAAACGUAGCGGCUACAGCUACAUCAAGACGAGUCCCUACACCAGUCCCAUUGGCACGCCGAUCAUCAAGUUUGAGCCGGGCAGCGGUCUGGAGGAUCACAAUGAGCAUGAAAGUGGCCGUGCCACGCCAACCACCACCAUCACCCACUGCCCGAGUAACCUGCUGAUGCCCAAGUCCCAGCCGCGUCAUGGUAAUGGCGACAACGACGACGACAGCAACGACGAGGACAGCAUGGAGCCCUGCGAUCUGCGCAUUGGCCUGGCCAAAGCCCUGUUGGCUGCUGCCCAAGGCGGUGCCACCGCCGCCACCCUGCCCCUGGGCCACCAUCAUCAUCAUCAUCAGGGCCAUCAUCCGCACGGGCGAGCCCUGUCGCAAAUGUAUCCGGCUGUGCCGGUGAAGGUGCCACGCCCCGAUACGCCGACCCGUCGCUACAGCAGUAGCAGUGGUCCUGGCCAGGAUCCAGCGAGCAGUGUGGCUGUGCAAUUUGUGGCCGCUGCAGCAGCUGUAGGAUUGGCGGCCAAUAAUACAAGUGCCUCAGCUGCCGGGGGAGCAGGAGGAGGAGCUUCAACAUCGGCGGCGGCAGCUGCAGCAGCAGCAGCGGCGGCGGCAGCAGCAGCUUCUGGAGGAUCAGCGAUAGGAAAUUGGAGCACUGUCUCUGGCAGCGGUGGCACUGGAGGAGGAGGAAGUGGCGGCGGAGGAGGAGGCAGUGGUGGUGGCGGAGCCUAUGCCUGCGAUCGAUGUGGAAACACCUACGCCCGGCCGCAUAGCCUUAACAGGCAUGUGCGUUUCGAGUGCGGGGUGGAGCCCAAGUUCGAGUGCCCCAUUUGUCACAAGAAGUCCAAGCACAAACACAAUCUCGUGCUGCACAUGCGCACCCACCAACAUCGAUGAUACAACAAAUGCUGCAACGGCAUCCGAUGACGCCAGGCUCUCAAACAACUAGUGGCUGUCGGGACGUAUACGGAUCCGGAUACGGUUCCGGGAUCGGUAUCGGUAACGGGGAUCUAGAAAAGAGCAGGUUCUAUCAUUGGUUUUUGGGUCCUUAGUGCCGGGUCAGUGCUUCAGUCAGAGUCCCAAGUCCUAAUCAUCACACACACACAGUUCAGUCCAGUCCAGAGCGCGGUUUUAUGUAAUUUUCCAAAUGAUCUUGAAACAUAUAGUCGUUUUUACAGAUAUAUAUCUAUCUACAUAAAUAUAUAUACAUAUAUAUAUAUAUAACUAACUCGUAACUAUGUAUAUACUGAAAGAAUAUUAACAAAUUCUAAUUCUUAGACCAUUUUUAAUUAAUUUUUUUUUCUGUUCACUUUUAACUUGGUAGUUUUUCGUCAGUAACAGAGCAGUGUUUUUUUUAAUUUGUAAUUACUUUCGGUUUUCAAUUGGCGUUUAAUUUGAGGGGCGCGCGAGAGUGCAGGCGCCGCCGCAUGUUGCAUGAUGUGUGUAAAUCCUUAGGAAAACUCAAUGAUCUCAUGAACUUUUUCUUGAUUGUGUUAAAAAUACGGAAAAUGGGGAAAAUUAUGCAUUUUAUUGUGUAGCAGAAGAAGAAAACGCAAACAACAACAAAAAUAUAUAACAUUCACAUUAAUUAUAGUGUAAUUUCUAGUGCAGGGCACUCUCGCGCGUCUUUCAUGAUUAUAAUGAUAUAACAAGUAUAGUAAACAUAGGGAGACACGGAAAACACAGUCAGAGACAGAGUCAAAACGUAGAGCUUAAGUUAGACCCCAAGAGAAGGCGUUUCCAAAUCUGAUUCGACUAGAUCAUGUGCAAUACGAAACGGGCACCAAAAAAAAAAAAACACUGAAUGAAAAGCAGUCGUCGUUCUUUACCUUUUCACAUUUUUUGUUUGUUUAUAUAUUCACAAACUCACAUCAACGAAAAAAAAUGUUUGAAGUUUGCUUAGGUACGCGUACGCACCCCAAAGGCCACAGGAAUGCAUGAUACAAUAUAUUACGCAUAUAUAUAUAUAACAAAUUAUAGCUAGUAGUUAAAACUCAACGAUCUCUAUCUACUCUUUUUCUAAAAAAAAAAAACAAACAAAGCAAACAAUUUAUUAAUUUAUCUUGUGCUCAUUCCAUAAACGUUUUUUAAAUUAUGAUUUAAUUAUGAACCACGAUAUGUGAUAGCGGGAAUUUUAAUUUGACCAAAAAGAAAAAGAAACAAAUCAAAAUUAACGUGGCUUUGGGUCUAGGCGCCUCUACACAAAGCAAACCGUUUUCAAAGGCAAACUAAAACAGUUAUUAAUUAUUUUUAAAUAACAUUAAUAUAAACAUAAACGAAAGCAGCAUGUACACGAGUGUGAAAAAGGAGGUAGAAAUUGGCAAUGUAAACGGGUUGGGGGAACUCGCAUCGAGUCACAGUCAGAAAUAUAAAUUGGUAUGUGAUAUAAUGAAUAUAGUCCUCAUUGUAAUUAAUAGUAAUAAUAAUUGUAUAUUUUUCCUUGUUAAAAAUAAUUUACUUUUGUCAAAAUUUGAAGAGAAACCUGAAAUAUUGCAGUGCGGUCUUGUUAUAACACACGAUAAUACGAGCGUUUGUUUCACACAUUCAUCCACAAAAAAAAAACACUAAUUAACGUUUUGAUAAUUGUUGAUAUACAAACAAAGAGCUUAAAUGUAUAACAAACUCGCUUAGGUACUUCAUAAACAAAAUAUUGAAAAAAAAAGAAAUAAAAACUAAAAAACACACAUAGAGGGCGCAUACCAUAAUUUGUUGUCAGUUUUAAAGUUUGUGCCACACAAAAAAUGUGAUAAAGAAGUAAAUUAAACAACAGACAACAAAUUGGCACAAAUCAACACAAAAAAAAAAUAUUUACGAAUAUUAAACGAAAUUGUUUACAUUGUUAAAACAAAAACGAAAAAAAAAAACAAAAUUCUUAUCGGUCAGUAUUCGAAUUAGGUGAGGAAAUUCUAAAUUUAGUCCGUUAUACAUUUUUAAAACAAAUUUGGUUAUCUGCUUUGAUUCAUACAUUAUAAUUAUGUAUACUUUUUUAGUCGCUUUCUUGCGCUAGUCAGUUUCUAGACAGUUUUGCUUAUCAUUUUGUUAGAUUUACGAAUAAUAAUGUGCACUACACGAACUUCACUAUUUGUAUCCGUUUUGUAUAAUCAAUAAUCUAAAAAGCGAUUUAUUUAAAUUUUUUCUAAGGUUGUGGUUCUUAUUUAUCUAUAAAGCAUAAUAAUUUUAAUUACAUUUAAUUUUUUUGUUACAACAAGAGCAAGGAGUAGAGUAUGGAUUCAUCUACUAUGCCUAUUUUAUAAUUUAUCAACAGCGCAUGUGAUGGACUCGAAAUGAACCAAAUAUAAAAGAUUGUAAGAAAAUUCAAGACAGACGAGACCAUGCAAACAAUUUUGGUCCCGAGUGGCAAAACUUUCGAGUCGUAUAGUUAAAAAGUAAAGAAAAGCAUGUGAUAAAUUUCAAUAUAAUUUGAUUAACAAACAAUUUACUAACACAAAAUCCCCAAAAACACACCCCGAAAAACAAAAAACGCAGACCGUUCGCAUAUGUACAAACACCAAAUGGCGAUUAAAUCAGGUUUAAAAACGAAUUAAGAUAGCCGUUUCUUUGAGUGUAUGUAUGCUGGCGAAUACCAUAAGAUGUGAAAUAUUUUUCGAGAAAUUGUACUAACCCAGAUAACUCUAUUUCUACUAAUAUGUAUCUUUAUUAAUUCUGUUAAAUAAACAAUAUCAAAGAUUUAUAAACACCCAAAACACACCCCAAAACACACAAAAAAUACACGUUUAAAAAAAGUUGUAAACAAGGAGCUGUGAAUGUAAAAUUAUAUGUAAAGCAAAAUAUAUCUAUAAAUAGAUACAAACAAACAAUACAAACAUAUAAAGGAAUCGAUGUGAUUAAUUGUGAUUGAAAUGAAACGAAGCAUAGAUAUCAGAUCGGAUCUGAUGAGAUGAGAUAUGAGAUGAGAUGAGAGAAGAGCAGAGCGGAGUGGGUGGGCAAUAGGUUGAGUUAUGGACAUGAGAAAGGCUUUCUUUUCAAACACAUACACACACACACAAUACACAAACAACACACAUACAUAAUAGAUAAAAGAAGUAUGUUCUAAGAAAAUCUGAUAUUUUGUUUAUUUCUACUAAGCUACAUUUUCUGUUUGAUUUUUGUUCUAAUAUUAUUUCAAAAAAAAAAAAAGAAAACUAAUAAUACAAAAUGGGGAAUUAAAUACAUAGCACACGCAUACACAAUAAAUCAAGUAAAUCGUAGCCUUAAGUUAACAAAAAAGAAGAAAGUGAGAAUUGAAUGUUGAUUGCUGUUAACGCACGCUUCACGAAUAGUAAAUGUUGACAAUGAAUGCAAAGCGCCGAAGAAAUUUAGGAAAAAGUGUCCAUAUAACGAAAUACAAACCGAUUCGAUUUGGAACAUUUGUUUAAUAGCUAAGGUUGCGCCAACAAAUAAAUUUACAACAAAUUUAUAUACAAUACGAGAAAAAAUCACAUUGCUUUUUGCACUGCAAUUUAGAUUAACAAAUUGAAAAUAGAAAACAAUAUAUUUAUGAAAAACGAUAUCUAACUAAACAAACGACAUUCAAAAUGCCAGUUAGACUAUGAAAAAGUGUGCUUAAACCAUAUUUCAAUGUAACGAAGAAAUGUUUGAACGAAUUCAGAGUAAAUUUAAUUAUGUAAUUGUGUAUAAAGCCGAGAAAACGCCUUAAACAAAAUUUGUAAAACUAUUUUAAAUGUUAAACGAGUAAAACGAUUUAAUUGUUAUAAGUAAACAGGCAAAAACAAAACAAGAAA